AAGUAAGUACAAUAUUGCUGCUGAGAAACUGCAGUACCUUUUCUUUGUAAUUGUACUAUAAUGUUUGUGUUUGAAUGAAAUAAAAAAUGGAAUGGUAAUAAGCAGACUUAUGGUCCCAUUAAGCUAUUUUAUCCACGGUAUACUAUCAGGACAGUUUUUGCUAUUUCUGAGCUCUGAGAUGAUGCAGAAUAUUAGACUUUACACAAAGCAUAGCACAGUGUUGUUGCUACAGGGAUUUAUUAAUGACAGAUGAUUCACAUUGCUAUAGAUUGUUUACUACAUAGAGUAAAUAUGAAUUUAUUUGUUUAUUUCAAACUCUACAAUACCAACAGCAGUAUGUUUACAAACCACAUUAAUAAACCAUACCAACAAAACCGAAUAGCAAAAAUUGCAAUUUGAUGAAUUUAAUGCCCAGGCUUUGGUUUUGUUGUCAUUUUGUUGCAAUGCUUCUAAAUUUGUUGCUGGUUUUCAGGUUUGGUUGUUGUGUUUUCUUAGUUGUUAAUGUGUUUUGCACUUUGGGGCACUGUACAUCCUACAUUAACUUUUGCUGCAGCAAAUAGAAAUACAGAAAGCCUUUACCUGAGGUGAAUGAGAAUGCACUGAAUAGCCUACAGUAUUUUUUAGACUGUGUGUGAUGAUGUACGAAGAGGAAAUGUAUUUCAGAAUUUCAUCAUUUUGAUUUCAUCAGCCUGACUUUGGUUUGCUAAUAUUAUUUUAGGCAGACUGUUUGUGUAUCCCAGUUUGAAAACUGCAACUUGAGAAAAUGCACUGCCUGGUUCUUUUAGUCAUUCAUAAUGUAGCUUGCUGAUUAUCACUAGCCUGGCUUUAUUCUAACAGAGCUUAUAUUUCUUUAUUCCUUAUAUUUUCUGAGCACCUGGAAUGCUACUACCUGAAUUAGGAAAAGUUUGAUUGCAGCCUUGAAUGGCCACUUGUUUUUAUUUACUUUUUAAAACAAAAUUCACAAAGGGUCAUUGUGCCUGCGUCUCUGUGGCUACAGAUGUCCAUUCCAGCCAGAUAUUCACUUAAAGACAUGACUAAACACACAGAUAAGACAAAGGCUCUGAUUUGACUGGGAUGAAAAACCGUAGCAACAUCUGCCUUUGUGAAUAAAAUGAGAAAAAUCCAGAUUUAAAAAUCCUAAAAUAACAUUUAUUAUUGAAGCAUGUAAUGAAGACAUUUCCUGCGUCUAACUAACAGCCUUUGUGUUCCUGCGUGAGUGUUACAAACAGGAAGAAAUCUGAACUCACAGAUGUGAUAUUUGCUCGCGAAUGUCAGUUGGAGCUAAAUAUCUGCAGUCCUUGCUGACAGUUUCUGAGACCUCCUGUGAGAGUGUUAGUGUGCAUGUAUUUGUGUGAGUGUGUGAGUGUGUAACGAAGCAGCAGAGACAAACUGCUCAGCUAUUGGCUGCUCCUCACACAUUCAGUGAGAGUCGCGUCUCUGUGGCUACAGGGAAGAGCAUCAGCUUAGCACUCUCCACUCUGCUGCUGCCACAGAGCAAGGGAGCUGCAGGUGGCAUUUCAGCAGAAUCUGGUGGCACGGAAGUGAAUGAAGGUUUCUCACCCAUUGAGAAUCAGACACAAACAGAACUUACCAUCUCCAAGACAAUCACCAUGGAGACAAGUGAGCAAUCCGACACAGGAAACAUACCAGACUAUGAGAUGGAAGUCCAGGAGACCACAUUAAUUGAAAACAAGGACACAAAUGCUGAAGAUGAACAGGUUUGCAAUGAUGAUAUUCUUUUUGAAUCCCUGAGUGCCAAAGUAGCUGAUGCCAUUUUAGCAGAUUUGCCUCCCACAGUGACAAAUGGUGAUGAAUUUGAAGACAUGCCCUCCCCUAAAGAAGCUUUAGUAUUGGACGACACAAAUGGCGAGCUAAAUCGCAAUGAAUCUAUUACCUCGUCUGUGUCUGAUACACCAUCUAGUGCUGAGAGCAUGUAUGAGAAUGAGGCCAUGCAAAAAAGACAGGAUUCAGUGAAAGAGGAACUGUUGAAAAAUAUUGUGCCUGUAAUAGAGGAUGCUGAAGAUGUUGAUAUAUUAGAUCCAUUAAAAGCAGAAUUCCAUGAGGAUAUCCUAGAUGGCUUAGGCUGUGAAGUAGAUGAAUCCAUGUUGGAAUCAUUCAUCCGGGAAGAAGUUAUGUCAGACAUCUCAAAUGAGUCUGGUCAAAAUCCUGAAGACUUGGAGGAGUGUCUAUUGGUAGAAAUUGCUGCAGCAUCAUCUGACAGUGAGACUGAUGAGAAAUGGAGAACAAUAUUUUCGUCCUCUAUUAAUAAGGAGGACGAUGACUCCUAUCUCGACAGCCUUCAGCUAAGUGCACAAGAGCUCUUCAUUCAAAAGCCUGAAGUGAAGACUGUUGAAAACCAAUCAGAUGCACAGGAUGAACCUGAGCUGGUUGUGCCUGUGGAGGAUGCUGUGUUGGAGCAACCUGAAAGUACUAUGACUUAUGCACAGCCUACACAAGAGAUCUCGUAUAAUCCCUCUACACUAUUCCAUGGCUUGUCCAAAAUAUCGGAGGAUGAAGAGGAGCUCGGGAAGGGUUCUGUAAAUCAUAAAGAAUUUUCAUCUACUUGUGUCAAGUCAGACUCAAACAAGAAAAUACCAAAAGAUUACUGUGUGAUUCAGGAGAUGAAGAGUGAAAAUGUCAGCACAGAGCAUGUGGAUUUCAGAGUUGCACGCAAUCAGUGGCUGCAGAUGGAGGAGCAAACAAAGAACCUCACACAUCAUCCAGUCAUCAGGACUGGUUCCUGCCAGGGCAAUCACAGCUUUAUGUACACACCAGUGCGUAACAUUGACAGACAGAAGAGGGAUGCUGAAUUAGAGAAUUUAGCACUUGGGAGAGAGUACCAGCAUACCCAGUUUAGCCCCUGCUCAGAAGAUUCAGGAGUAGAUGAUUCUAGUUUCAGGUCACCUUAUGAUGAUCCAGAAACCCCAGUAGAAAAAGAGAUUCGCUCUCUCAUGGAGAAGGAGGAAAUCCUGAAACGUGAAAGGGGAAUGCCCAAAUCAUACAUAAGUGACUGUGUGCCAGGAAAAGGAAAACCGGUCAUCUUGAACCCUGGGAAAUUAUGUCAAGAAGUUGAUGAGAAGAGAAAGAUGCUUGAGCAGCAGGACGAUGACUGCAGAUUAUCCUCCAGCACCCAGAUGCCAUCGUUCAUCAUUACAUCCUCCCCAACAAGAUCACAGAAGCACGAAAUGGCAGCCAACAAUGUCAUUAUCCUCGAACCUGAUUCUUGCCAUCAAAGUCCACGCCAUGCUGCAAAGUUGGUGACAUCUAAAUCUGCUGAUUGGAGAUCAGAGGAAAACCCCAGUGUAAUCAUACUGGAAACUUCAAACCUAAUCAUUCGAAGUGCUUCAGAGUUAAACCUGAACUCUGCCUCUGUGGUACCUGAGGAGAAAACCUUUCUCAAUAACCCGUUUUUUAAGCUGAGGUCCCGGAGCUCCCUCUCUCUGGUUGAUGAAGAGAUUAAGAUGGUAAAGCAACGAGAGGAAGAACUGAAAAGACAAAGAGCAAGUAUUUAUACUAAAGAGAAUUUCCUGGUUUCUCCAAAUCUCCUGGACAACCCUUUUGACAAACAAGAUGAUAUCCCUAUCAAAUGUAAAUCAUCCCCCUCGUCCCCUAUGAAGACUUAUAAGAUGGAUCGGUCAACCCUAUCCUGUGAUAACAGAUUUCCUGAGGCGUAUUCUGGCAGCCGUCGUAAAAGUGCCAUGGCUCUGCGAUGGGAAGCAGGGGAGUUUGCAAAUCACUAGAGAGAAACAGACUAGAUAUCAAUCAGUAAUUAUCCAUGUCCUUUGUAAGAAACUUCAAGCAGUGUUACAGACUGAUACUGAUUUCAUCAUAAGCACUCGCUGUUGCUUGUGUGAUAUUUGCAACUUUUCAUUCAUGUUCUCUCAAAGGCAGGAGAUCUGAGUGCUUGCCAAGACGCCUGAAUGUUAGCUGAAUUGUAGUUGUUCAGUCUAUGCUUGUUCUUGUCAUGAAUGUCAAGAAAGAUUUGAAGCAUAUUUUAUUGUAAUGUCUUAGUACAGAGUUCAGGAAAAUGUGUCCUGUAUUUUCAUACUGUAUUUUCUUGUAUGUUGAUUUAACCCUGGGCUAUACUGAAAUAUGUGACACUAUAGAGAUUACUCAGGCUAUUUCUGCCUCCAUUCUGCACUACAAUGAAGCCAACCUAAGAGAUUACUGACUUCUGCCACCUUUUUGACUGAAAGUAAGCAUUUGGUACAAUACAAGUACUCCCCAUAUGGAUACUCUCUUUUUAUGACAAGAUCUUUACCUUUUAAUAUAGUUAUUAUAUAGACCCAAAAUGAGGGAGAGUAACUUGAAUAUUGAACACAGAUAUUUAACUGCUUUACUGUUGUGUAAACGGAGACUCCUUUAUGUAAUGCUUUCCUAUUUGUCUAAAAACAUAUUUGUAUGCUCACGUGACUCUGUUUUAGUCUACAAGUAUUAUGGCUAUAAAGUAUUGCUAGUUUGUAUUCAUGUACGCCAUCAUUAAGCACACAUAUGCAUUGCUUUCUAUUUGAGAAAAGAAUGGAAAAUAAACAACACUUGAGUUGUUAAAAAUUACAAUGAAACAUUGAACUGAAAUAAGCUUUGAAACAAUAUCAAUAAACAAGAAAUUAUGACUUCUUUCUUA